GCACUACCUUUCCCGGCGUGCCGCGGGGCGAGACGCCGCCGGAAGCGGAAGGGUGUUGGGUGCCGCUUCCGGUGUUGUGACCGUCGGCGGGCUCCUGAGGAGGCGCGGCGGUGGCCGCAGAGAGGGUGUUCUGCAGCAAAAAAGGAUAUGGUGUCCGUUUGAGUUCCAUCUUGUCCAGGACCGGUUUCUUCUCUGCUGUCAGCAUGGCAACAUCUCUUAGAACUGCGUGUUCCAGCUUCUUUCGGAUGCGUUCAGUAGCAUCCUUUAAGCAGGCCCCGCUGCAGAAUGGAGCUGUGUAUCUUGCUUGCCAUAAAUCUACGUACUCAGUUCUCCCUGAAGACUACAAUUGCAAAGUGGAACUUGCAGUGACAUCAGAUUUGAAGACCAUCGUCUGCUACCACCCUUCACUUGAGAUUCCAUACGAGCAUACAAAACCCAUACCACGGCCAGAUCCAGUGAAUAAUAAAGAAGAAAACCUUGAUCAAGUUCUGAAAUCCAGAUUGAAUGAAAAAGAGCUGAAGAACAAGAGAGGUCCUACAAUUGAGGAGCUCAGCAAAAUGUUUUACACAACAAAACAUCGCUGGUAUCCGGUGGGACAGUAUCAUAGAAGACGCAAGAAUCCUAAUCCUCCUAAAGACCGAUAAUUAAGAUAACUUCUUGUUCAUCAUCACUUUGCUAUUAAUCUUCAUUGGAAAUAAAAAUUACAGAAAGUGAGAUGUUUGGCAAUUCUGUGUGACUGCUAUAACACGCUUGAGUAAAUUUCACUGUUAUUUUCUACUCCAACUAGUUAACAGAAAAACAACAAAACUGCACUAAAGAAACAAGGAUCCAGUGAAGGCUGUUGCACAUGCACGGUCAGGGAAGGUGCUGGUGUUAGAACUGGGUGAUGGCCUGCUCCGGUUAAACUCGGUCAGAGACUUGCCAUUGGUAGAGUGAAUGCAUAGAAGUCUUAUUUCAAAAUGGGAAGUCAAGAACUGGACACGUUAGGGUUUGGUGUUAUUUUGGGGGGUAAUUUUUUAUUAUUUUUUUUUUUAGAAAUGUAGUAACAAAUGCUGGUGAGCUAGAAUACUGAGGUAUUAAUGAAAUAGUAUUUAUGAAAAAUAAUAUGAGGUAUUCAUGAAAACAAAAUAGUUUUGCUUCUUCUAUUACACUUGUGAAAUAUUUGAUUCCAUGUUUAAGCCUACAUCAGCCGAGUGAUUGUAUUUAAGCCUAUCGUCACGUACUGAAAACUGGCCAACUUGGUUAAGUUAUAGCUUCCAAGGCAUAAUAAUUAACUCACCCUUCUAAAUCACCCAGCAUUCCCAAAUAUCUGAGAUAACUUCUGUGUGCAGUUGUGGUUUGUGGGUUUGUUUGGUUUUUUUUGUUGUUCUGUUUUUUUUGACCCCACCCCAACUACCAUUCAGUGAGGAUGGCAUGUUCAUAUAUAAAUCAGAACAGCUGUAGCUCAGGGGAGGAAGAGUUCUUGGCCUCAGCACGGUAAUCCAUGAAGACUCCCAGCUCUUUCUAGCUUACGUAAGGGGAGGGAUUGGCCCUUUAUUACAUAAAAUACUUUAAAUUAAUGUGGCUGGAUUCUACUUCAUAGCUAUAGCGUUUUGUAGUGCUUAAACGCUUCUGCUAUUAAAAUAUUCGAUGUCAUCUAGCAUUUUUUCUCAGGAAAAGGAGAUUCGUUACUCCAGUCUACAGCUUUAGGCAUCAGCCAUCUGAUAGAAAGGGCUAGCUUGGAACACUGUGCCUCUGCGGAGAUCCCAGUGACUUCAUUAAGCCUUCUUAACAGAUCCUAAUAAAUAAUCAGAAAAUAAUUAUCCUGCAUGUGUCACACAUGUUGAUUGCAUUUCCUUUCCAAAGCAGCUUGGAUAAGACAGGCAGGUUCUUGUUUCUUGUGUUAGCCUAAUGUCAUUUUGCCAGCAUGUGUUAUCCACACGUUUUGCAAGAAGUGGAGUACCAUAUAAAGUCUCUGAUCCUGGUCAUUGUUAGUAUAAAGGACACUUACUUUUCUAAAGUUAUUACUAAAUAAACUUUUUUCCUCAAAUUUCC